AUGUCAAAAAUCCUUAAUCCUAAAGAUUAAACAUCUUUACUAGAGAUUGAAAAUCAAGUUGAAUUCAGUUAAAAAAAUUGCGCUUAAGUUUUUUUCUUUACAUGGGUUUAUCGAUUAUUGGGGGUAAAAUUUAUAUAAGGAAAUUAUUUAUAGAUUGGAAAGAACAAACCUUUAGUUUAGUCUGACUUAGUGAUCAUUGAUUAAGAUUCUAAUAUGGGAACUUCUCAUUCAAAAUUUGUGACCGCAUUUAGAAAAUAGGAUUUAAAAAGAUCCUUAUACUAAUCCUUUAAAUGUACCUUAUAAUCUUAACUUAAGGGUUAAUACUAUUUUGUGCAUUAUUUUAUGUGAUCGUUUCUGGGUUAUAAUUAUGUUCACCGAUUAUAACUAAAGAAUCCUAAAAAUAUUUCAUGUAUGCUGAGCCGGAAGAUAAACCUUCAUUAUAAAGCAUGUUAUAUUUUGCAGCCAUUUAACUUAUUUACAUGAUAACCCUUUCUUUAAUCAAACCAUAUUAAUUAUUUUAUUCUUCACUUUUGAGUGUAAAAUAAUAAGGAGCAUUGUAACAGGAGAUACUUAUUAAGACUUUAAAAUUUCCCAUCUCUCGUUCUAAACACUAUUCAACUGGAGAACUUAUCAAUAUGAUGUAAGUUGAUAUAAAUUAGGCGUCAAAUUAUUUUUAUAACGCGAUCAUUAUUUUUACAGUUCCGUUAUAAAUGAUAUGUGCCUUCGUAGUAAUCUUUAUAACGUUGGGAAAUCAAGCAAUAGUUCCUGCAGUUGGAGCAAUAAUUUAAGCAAUUAUUGGGUUGAUAUUUGGAUAUUUAUAUGGAAUCGUUUAAAAGAGAUACAUGAUUGCAAAGGAUAAUAGGAUGAAAGCUGUUGACGAAGCAUUGAUUUAUGCUAAGCAAGUUAAAUUGAAUACAUUUGAAGAUUUUUUUGAAUAAAGAGUAAAUAUUUAAUAAAAUUAAUAAUAGAUAAAAAAUUAUAGAGAAAAGGAGCUAAAACAAUUGAAAACUUAAGUUUUAAUGAUGAUUUUUAUCCAAUUAAUAUAAGGUUUUGUUGGAAUCUUAACUUGGGAGUGUGUGUUUUUAUUUGCAGAUGACAUCAAUUUUGCAACAAUGAGCAUUAUGAUGCAAAAUUAUUCAAGUAUUGUGAACAUUUUAUCAAACUUGCCUUUAUAAUUUAAAAAUUUUUAGAUGUCAAGGAACUCAAUGGCUAGAUUAGAUAAUUAUUUUGAAUAGAAGGAAUGCAAUGUUAUAGAAAGAUAAAGUGAAAGUAAUAGUAGUUUUGCAAUAAAAAUAAAUAAAGGUGUUUAUAGUUGGAAAUCAAAUGAUUAAAUGAAUUAAGAUGUUAUAGAAAUCAAAGAGGAAAACGAAAAAAUAAAUGAUAAUAAUGUCUUUAAUAUAGAUAUAGAUGUAGAAAUAAAAAAGGGAUAAUUUGUUGCAUUUGUUGGAAAGUAUUUAAUUUAAUUUAUAAAUUAAUUAGUUCUGCUUCAGGGAAAUCUACAAUUUUGAGAUCUAUUUUAGGAGAAACCGAUAAAUAAUCAGGUAAUAUUAUAGUCAAUGGGACUGUUAGUGUAGCAACUUAAGAACCUUGGAUUAUUAGUGGAAGUAUCAAAAAGAAUAUUACUUUCAUGAAUUCAUUUGAUGCUCUUAGAUAUAAAUAAGUACUUAAGAUUUGUGGAUUAGAAAGAGAUAUUGCAUCAUUUAAAAAUGGAGAUGAUACUAUUUUAGGAGAAAAAGGUGAUAAUUUAUCUGGAGGAUAAUAAAAAAGAAUUAAUUUAGCUAGAGCCAUUUAUAAUAAUGCAGAUAUCUAUUUAUUAGAUGAUCCUACUAGUGCUUUAGACAUUAAAGUUAAAUAUUAAAUACAUCAAUAAUGCAUUUAAGGAUAUCUUAAAAAUAAAACCAGAAUCCUAUUUACUAAUUCCUUAUCUAAUUUAUAGGAAUGUGAUAUGAUUUAUAUUGUCGAGAAUGGAAAAAUUGCUAAAUAAGGUAGAUUUGCCUAAAUAGUUGGUGUAAGUGAAAAUUAAGAAUUUUCUUAAAAAGAAAUAGUUGACUUUUAAUUUGAGGAUAAACACUAUAAAUAAGAGAACCCUGAAAAUUAAGAUGUUAGAUAAAGUUUGAUUCAAAAAGAAGAUUAAGAAAAAGGUGAUAUAUCAAGUUCUGUUGUAAAAUAGGUUUUUGACUACAUGGGCAAAUACGUGGCUCCUAUGUGCAAUAUCAUUUACUUUGUUACUGUAUUAGGUUGCUAAUUAGUCGGAAAUAAAUUUAUGGCCUAAGAAGGAAUUACAGAUUAAGAGUUCCGACACUUAGGAUUGAUUUAUUAUCCUCUGAUAUAAUCACCUGUGAUUAUAGCUAUAGUAUUGUUAAGCACAUACUAUUUAAUUAUGGGUUUAUCAACUUCAAGAAAAAUUCACAAUUCCGUAAUUUAUAGUUUAGUAAAUGCCUCUUAUACGAAGUUUUACAAUACAAUUCUUAUUGGAAGAUUAAUGAACAGAUUGAGCAAAGAUAUUUACAACAUAGAUUUAUUAUUUCCAAAUGAAAUUCAAAAUUUAACCAUUCAAAUAACAACUUUGUUGCUUCCAUUAUUUGCUUGUUUCCUAUACUUAAAUAUUGUUGCCUUGCCAUUAUUAAUAAUCUUUUUUAUUAUUUUGAUUUAUUUAACAGUCAUAUACUAUAGAUGUUUAAGAGAAAUAACAAGAAUUGAGGCUGUUUCAAAGAGUCCAGUCUUUUCUUUUUUCUAAUAAAUUGUCAGAGGAAUAACUUAUGUCAGAACUUGUUUGCCAUUAGAAAAAGUAGUCAUUUAGUAGUAAAGAAAUGUAGAUUUAGAUCUGGGUAAUUAGAUAAAUCUAUAUGGAUUUCAAUAUUGGUACUAGUCACUGGCAGGAUCGAUUACAAAUUGUUUCUAAGCUUUGCUCUUUAUCAUUUGUGUACAUAUUUAUAUCAACUUAGUUUAUAUUUCCAGGAAAAACUUAACAAAUGACAAUAUUGGUAUUAAAUUAGAUGCAGACAGUAUCAUAGUUACUUUUAAACUCCUCUAUCUCUUAUGGAAAUAUAUAAAUGUACCUUAUAAGUUUUGAGAGAUGCUUGCAUUUAGCAAAGUAAUUUUUUUUAUAAAUGAAGUAAAAUUGAAUAAGAAGAAAGAAAUAUAUCAUUAGUGACUCCUAGUGGGAAUGAAAUGGAUAUUUCUGAAGUGAAAAAACCCAAUAAUAAUAAAGAAGACAAUAAUGUUAUUUUAUAACUUGAAAAUUGUACUUUCCAAUAUAGACCAAAUUCAAAGUGUGUUUUAUAAUAAUUAACAAUAGACUUACACAGAAAAGAAAAAGUAUUAAAUUUUAUAAAUUUUAAGAUUGGAGUUGUCGGAAGAACAGGAGCUGGUAAGAGCUCUAUUAUCUUGGCCUUAACUUCAAUCCUAGAACAAACAGAAGGUUCAGUAGAAAUAGAAUCGAAAAAUAUUAAUUUAUAUUCCAUUAAUGAAUUAAGAUAAAAGUUUGGAAUAAUUCCAUAAGAUCCACUAAUUUUUAUGGGAAAUUUAAAAUAAAAUUUAGAUCCUUUAAAUAAAUUUGAAGAGUCACAUAUCUAAGAAAUAGCUAAAUAAUGUGGACUAUUAGAGAUGUAGAGUUUUAAGCAAUAAGGAUUAUAUAGUGAAAUUGCAUUAUAAGGUAGUAAUCUUUCUUUGGGUGAAAAACAAUUAUUAAACAUUGUUAGAUGCAUAUUAGAAAAUAAAAAUAUUGUUUUAGUUGAUGAAGCUACUUCUAAUAUAGAUUCAGAAACGGAAGAACAUGUUAAACAAGUAAUUGCAUUUUAUUUAUUAUUUUUUUAGUUAUUUUAAAAAUAUUUUUAGAAUGUAGCUAUGAUUUCAAUUGCUCAUAAAGUAACUACAAUCAUGAAUUCAGACAGAAUUAUGGUUUUAAAUGAUGGAUAAAUUACUGAAUUUGAUAAUCCUUAAAAAUUAUUAGCUGAUCCCAAUAGUGAAUUUAAAUAAAUUAUAGAUCUAAUAAAGCAUUCUGAAGCACUGUGA